CUUUGGGGCAAAUAUGACGAAAAAUUAACAAAAGAAAAAGAAAGAUAAAUAACGUGGUUGUGGCGUCACAAGUAACAAACAACACUUACAAUGCACAGCCCGUCCAUUUAUUUGAAUGUCCUCCUUUAUUUGAUAAUAAAAAGUUCUAAUGCUGCUUAUUUUUCUGAUGUUCAUUGGAGCACUGCUAUAAAGUUAUCACAGUAUGAGAGCUAUAGGUCGGUAACUCUCCUUUCCUACAAUGUACCAGAACAGACAGCUGAUGUGUCCUUCAGCUUCCAGGCAAAGACAUCUGGAAAAGCAUGCACUUUCAGAGAAGUUCACAUUUACCUUCAACAUGGAAGUUAUCCUCUUGUGACGCCAUACAAUGAGACAUAUCCCCCAAAAUUCUACACAAACAGGACAGAUUUAUUUCACAUUCGGAUAGAGAAAGAUGCGGAUGCUGUGUCCUAUAUAAUGUCAUCACCUAGACCAGGUCCCUGGUACUUCGCUGCAUUUUUACCUGAACCAAAUUCAGAUAAAAUUCAAUUGAAGGAAUUAGACAAGUCGUGUAUGUAUGGAAUGUUUGUAGUUGUUGAAUCGAGAGGAUAUGACAAUAUAGAGGAAAUAUCUACUGAAAAGUCUCACCAUAUACAGCUAAAUCAGCAGGCCACUGGUCCACAGGCUCUCUAUAGAUUUGUGCUGCCAAAGGACACAGUUGAAUACUCAGUGAGAAUAGAUAGUUGUGUAGUGACAUCAUUAGAUAUAGAUUCUGAAUCUGCGGGUAAUAGUAAAUCUAACAGCUCUUCCAGUGAUAACAGCACAACAACAUUGUCUCCAACCCAGGUUAACAAUUGUCCAAUCAUGAUGAGGGUGGAGGCAGAGAUGUUGCCUUCCCAGAUAACUAAGUCAAAGGUCGCGUGUGGAAAUAUGACAGAAUGUAGACUGAAGAUACUGUCGCCAACACUACACAAAUGGAAUUACAUUUUCUUGAACAUUGAUAACAAUUAUAAUGUCUCGGAGAUUCAGUUCAAACUGAAUUUUGAAAAGAAAGGUUGUGAGUCGCUGAAAUUAAUGUUACCAAGCACUAUAUAUCAAGCAACAACCCAGAAAAGGAAGUCCAAGGAUCUUCAGCUGUCCCAAGAUUCCUGUAUCAAAAUGGCUUCCCUUGGAAGAUUUAUUUUUAAUCAGCAAACAUUUAACUUAACGUACCUUCUGUCAGAUGCAGGACCUAUACCUAUUCCAAAAUCGUUACACAAAAUUCAUGUACCUGAUUAUCAAGUAGUAGUGACAGAUAUUUCUGUACAAGAACCGACAGAUAUCGGUGGAACAAUGAAGCUAGAUGUCGGCUUUGUAAAAGAUUCACUAGAUACUUCCAGUCAUAACAUAGUAGUCUACAUUUGUCUGAUGAAGAAUUCAAUACCAGGUGGAAAAACAGUGGUUUCAUGUGAGAAUGGCAUUCAGCUGAUUAUCAACACAACUUCAGACCAUUUCCAGGAUACAGUCUAUAUGCCCUAUCCCGAGGCGGGGAUAUGGUAUCUUGCUCUCAACAGUCGCUGUUACAGCAAAGACACAAAGGUUCCUGUAAGGUGUCUAGGUGCUCCUGAAGUAAACAUUGACCUGUCAAUAUCUGGUUGUUUAGACAGUCAGUGUGGGGACUAUGGUGUAUGUCAGGAUUAUAUAAGUGGAGUAUAUGUAUUCAGCUCAUGCAAAUGUUUUGCAGGUUGGAGAGGAUAUGGCUGUACGGAUGGUACACAUGGAAGAUCUAAGCAAGAGGAGUUAACUGGUUUAUUGUUGCUUACUUUGAGCAAUCUCUUCUUUAUUCCGUCCAUUAUUGUUGCUGGGUACAGACGCUAUUUCACCGAAGCUGCAGUUUACACUUUUACUAUGUUUUGGUCUGCAAUCUACCAUGCCUGUGAUGCGAGUGAUCUAGUCUAUUACUGCCUUCUGGAAUAUGAUUUUCUCAGCUUUGCUGAUUACUUGGGUUCAAUUUAUUCAUUUUGGGUGACUAUGCUAACCAUGGCUGUAGUACCAACCAAGGUUCGAUCCUUCGCUCUUGUAAUAGGAGUUUUAGGAGUUGCCUUGGGUGUUGAGUAUAAAAGGCAUGGAAUUUUGGCAUUUGCUUUACCAGCUGGCAUAGCAGCUGUAGUUAUGUUUGGAUCUUGGAUUCUGCAAUGUAAAAGACAUAGGAAGUUGUAUCCAAGAAAGAAAUACAUCCUUGUGCAUCUAAUACCUGGAGUGGUUUUAGCUUCAACAGGAAUGAUUAUAUUUGCAUUCCUAGAGACCGAAGAAAACUACAAGUAUACUCACAGUUGCUGGCAUAUUUGCAUGUCAUUAUCCGUUGUGUUCCUGCUUCCGGAACGACAAACUAAAGAAACAUCAAGAGAAGAUUUUAAUACAGUAUCAACAGAAGUAGAAUCAUCUGGUAUAGUACAUACAGAUGGGGUAAAUACUCUAGAUGCUGCUGUAGUUAUACCAUCAGAUUUGUCUUUAAACACUUGAUGUAAUGAUAACCUUAAUUUGAAAGUGGUACCUUCAGAAGUGGAAUCUAUAUUCUUAAGAAGUUCCAAAGUCCACACUUCUGUGUAUCACAGUUUAAGACCAGGACAUAACAAGUAUCUUAAAGGCGAUCCCUGUGGUUGUGGGAGAUGUAGGUCUUCUUAGAUACAAACAUUACUGGAAGGAUCAAAUAGUGGUACCUGGAUGAGCAAUGGGCAGGACAUAUAAGUGGAUCAAGCUUCAGAAGCAAGAAAAUUUCACAGGUCCUGAAAGGUUUGAAGAUAGGAUAAAUGUAUUAUUUGUAGCUUUGGUCUCCUAGUCUAUAGUACUUACUUGUUCAGUACAGUAAUUAUUUGCAAUUUUUGCAGGUUUCCUUGUGGAAUUGUGGGUUAUGAAAAUGAAAGAGAAAUCAAGUAUACAGUUGUGUCAGUUUUUUCCAGCUGAUGCAUCAAAACAUAACAACAUGUUUCAAAAAAGGUUUAAAAAGAAAGAAAAAUCUCUUAAAAUGAUUUUGAACCAUUAAGAAUAAUUAGCAAACAAACUGUUCCAAGCAGGAACAAGUCUGAAAAAUAAGAAUGAAAACCAUAUAUGGCCAUUUAUAUACAGGAGUAUGUAAAUGUUUAGCAAAUGAGAAUUCUAGUGUAUUAAAAAUUAAGAGGUGCAAGUAUUUGACAUAUAACUAUCUAAAUAUUUCAGUUGUAUUAGCAUAGUGCCAAACUCAUUUUGAUAUAAUUUUACUUGAACAACAUAUAAUACCUUUACUUAUUUUAUUAACUCACCUGAGCACAAAGUGCUCAAAGGUGAGCUUUUAUGAUCCCCCCUGUGUCUGUCGUCCGUCCGUCAGUCGUCCGUCGUCAACAAUUUGACUGUUAACACUCUAGAGGUCACAAUUUUGGCCCAAUCUUAAUGAAACUUGGUCAGAAUGUUACCCUCAAUAAAACCUUGGACGAGUUCGAUAUUGGGUCAUCUGGGGUCAAAAACUAGGUCACCAUGUCAAAUCAAAGGAAAAGCUUGUUAACACUCAAGAGGUCACAUUUUUAGCCCAAUCUUAAUCAAACUUGGUCAGAAUGUUACCCUCAAUAAAAUCUGGGACGAGUUCGAUAUUGGGUUAUCUGGUCAAAAACUAGGUCACCAGUUAACACUCUAGAGGUCACAAUUUUGGCCCAAAUUUAAUGAAACUUGGUCAGAAUGUUACCCUCAAUAAAAUCUUGGACGAGUUCGCUAUUGGGUCAUCUGGGGUUAAAAACUAGGUCACCAGGUCAAGUCGAAGGAAAAGUUUGUUAAUAGUCCAGAGGUCACAAUUUUGGCCCAAUCUUAAUGAAACUUGGUCAGAAUGUUACCCUCAAUGAAAUAUUGGAUUAAUUAGAUAUUGGGUCAUCUGGGGUCAAAAACUAGGUCACCCAGUAAAAUCAAAGGAAAAGCUUGUUAAAACUGUAGAGGCCACAUUUAUGACUGUAUCUUCAUGAAUCGUGGUCAGAAUGUUAAUCUUGAUAGUCUCAAGUUCCAGUUUGAAUCUUGGUCAUGCAGCAUCAAAAACUAUGUCACCAGGUAAAAUCAAAGGAAAAGCUUGUUAACACUGUAGAGGCCACAUUUAUGACCAUAUCUAAAUGAAACUUGGUCAGAAUGUUGAUCUUGAUGAUCUAUAGGUCAAGUUCAAAUCUGGGUCAGGUGGGGUCAAAAACUAGGUCACUAGGUCAAAUCAAAGGAAAAGCUUGUUAACACUCUGGAGGCCACAUUUAUGACUAUAUCUUCAUGAAACUUAGUCAGAAUGUUAAUCUUGAUGAUCUUUAGGUCAAGUUUGAAUCUGGGUCAUGUGGGGUCAAAAACUAGGCCACCAGGUCAAAUCAAAGGAAAAGCUAGUUAAAACUUUAGAGACCGCAUUUUUGACCAUAUCUUAAUGAAACUUGGUCAGAAUGUUAAUCUUGAUGAUCUUUAGGUCAAUAUAUCAGAUGAGCGAUACAGGGCCUUCGUGGCCCUCUUGUUUUUAUUUUCUGUAAACUUUUGCUGAAUAUGCAGCUAACCAGUGUUUUUUUAUCUUGAAGAAGUCACUAACUUGCUGUUUUUAUCCGCCUAAUCAGUAACACGGUUUUCUUAAAUUGCAGUGUUAUUUAACAAGAUACAUAUGUAAACUAUACAUUGAUCUAAAGGUCUCCCAGGGUGUUAGUAUUUUGUGUUUUUAAGAUAUCUUUACUAAUGGCAAAAAUCUGGUAAAAUUAUUUCACAGAAUAUUUGCAUGAUAGUUUUGUUUUUAUUCUAAGAUAUCUGGAAAUGAUUUAAAUGAUCUUUUCACAGAUAAAGUCAAAAUUGAUAAAAAUAUUUGCUUAAAUUCAGUAGAAAACGUCUCAAUUAAAAUUGUUUUACCAUUAAUUAAAGAUUGAUGGAGAUACUUUAAAUAUUCAACAGUUUCUAUUACCACCCUACUUUAAAGUGAUGUAUAUUUUCUCUGUGGUUUGGCUUUCUGUUCAAGGAGAAGUUAAAUAUGGAAAAACCUUGUUGCUGAAAAGUUGGAUCAAGAAGUAUUUGUUGAGAGUGAUCUUUGAAAUUCCAAAUUUCAUAGACCAGAACUUCUACUGUCUUUGACAUGAAUGUGAUUGUGCUAGCUUCUUUAAUUUUUACUAUUUUCUGAAUUGUACACAUUCUAAGCUGACUUUUUCAUUGGUAAAUGCAGUGUGAAUGGAGCUGUGUGGUUACAUACAAACUUCUUUCUCAUUUUAUGGAUGUAAUUUUGACACUUCUUGAGGUUUCCUUUCAUUUCCAUACUUCAUUUUUGGCCAUUUGCUGAGAUAUCAUUUAAGUGACAGUUGUUUCCCAACUUCUUCUUUAAACUUUUAAAAUGACCAGUGAUUAAAAAAAACAAACCUUUUUAAAUUUUUUAUAGGUUAUCCAAGUUCAUUAUGUAAUUUGAUUAGAUCUUGUGGACACUUUGUACAACUUGAUUGCGUCUAGUUGUUAUUCAUCUGUUCCUUGGUAAACUUGAUUUUCAAAACAAGAAGAAAUAUUACUUUGAUAUCUGUGUGGCAACAGAUUUAAUGUUUAUAAUUUGUAUGAUUAUUAUUAUUAUUAUACCAGAUUUGUUGAGCGCCUUUUCAUAUGAAAUAUACGUUCAAGGGCGCUUUACAAAUAGACAUGUGACAUAUCGCAGAUAUGUAGGAAAAUCACAAAACAUGACAUAUGCAAUCAUAAAACUGAAACUGAAUAAUUUGAUUAAACUCCUAUUUUUAUGAAUGAUAUAUUCAAUGGCGUUGUACAUAAUAAUAAUAAUAGUUAUUAUAACAAUAUUAAUAAUGACAUUGAUAAUAAUUACAGCCUUACUUUAACAAACAGUCAUGACCGCACCCCUCCCCUUAAAGUCAUUUUUUUCCCUAUUGCCAAUACCAGUGCUUAAAGCAUCUGGUACACCCAGACUAGCUGCAUAUAGAGGUUCAAACCUCCCCGAUUAAUGGUGCCAUCAUAUACUGUAUUAGAAAAAAUACCACACACUUCAAGUGAAACUCAAGUCUUGCAAAACAUACACAUAGAAUGUCAUUACCCUUAAAAUGUGACAUGAUGACAUAAAGGAUGAAUUGCCAAUUUAGUUAAUUACAUGAUGAAUUGUACAGUAAAGAGAUCUUUGUCUGCGACGAAUGACUUGCGGUAGUUCUGUAUCACAAAAAUAACAAAGCAUAUUUAUUAUGGGUAGAAACAGUCACAGUUUAUCUAUGUGUUGUAGAAAAUUUUGAAAAGGUGUGUUUUGAGAGCUCUUUUAAAUGAAUUUAGUGAUGAAUCUUUCCUGAGAUUGUCAGGGAGAGAAUUCCAUAGUCUUGCGGCGGCAACUCUGAAACUUCUAUCACUGUAGGAAACUAGUCGAUUUUUUUGUGGCACAAGGGUUGUUGCUGCACUUGCUGAUCUCAGAUUUCUAGUUGGCAUGUAAACCUCCAGUAAGUCUCUCAUAUACACUGGCGACUGUCCAUGCAAGGCCUUGAAUGUUUGAAUGAGAAUUUUGUAUUUGAUUGUAUCUUGUAAUUGAAGCCAGUGAAGAUGUUUAAAACGGGUUGUUUUCGUAAUAAGACAUGCAGCUAUGUUUUGAACAUUUUGCAGUUUGCUGGUUGUUGAUUUUGGCACGUCAUACAAAAGAGCAUUGCAGUAAUCUAAUCAUGAGGUCACAAGUGAGUUUACAAGGGUUUUGGUGGCACCAGUUGUCAAAUAUGGUCGAAUGUGACCAAUUCGUCAUAUUUGGCCAUAGCAUGUUCGAAUAACAGAAUUAACAUGAUGGUCCUUAUGCAUGUUCGAAUCAAGCGUAGCACCAAGGUUCCAGUUUUUGAUGGUCUUAUGCAUGAAUCGCCAACUUUCAGUUCUAGAUUUUCAACAUGUUUGGAGUGUCUUUGACUCGAAAAAAGAAUUACUUCCGUUUUGUCUGCAUUCAGUUUUAACAUGUUUGAAUUCAUCCAUGAGAUGAUUUUAUUUUAAUAGACAUUGUUCAACUUGCAUGAUUGUGACUGCCUUUGAUGCUUUGUCAGCUGGUUAUAGAUAGAAUUCGGAGUCAUCUGCAUAAAAAUGGUGGUUUAGAAUGUGGUUUCUACAGAUGGACCCGACUGGCUUUGGGUACAUCAUGUAGAAUUUUGGGUCUAGAACAGAUCCUUGAGGAACACUGGAUUUCAUUAGGACUGGUUCAGAGAGUUUGCCGUCAAUGCAUACUGUUUGGUAGCGGUAUGUUAGGUAUGAUGCCACCCAUUGAAGAGGUUUAUCGGCAAAUCCAAAGUUAAAAUCGAGUCUAUAAAGAAGGGUGUUAUGGUCAGUGGUGUCGAAUGCAGCCGACAGGUCCAACAUCACAAGUACUGUGACGUCACCUUUGUCUAAGGAUUCGAGAAUAUCGUUCUGAACAUUUAACAAUGCGGUUUCAGUUGAAUGAAAUUUUCUGUAUGCUGACUGGUUUAUUUCAUGUAAUUGAUUGUUUGUCAAAUGUUCCUCAAUUCUUCUGUUUACCUCUUUUUCAAGGAUUUUUGAGAGGUAUGGCAGAUUGGAAACAGGUCUGUAAUUCUUGAGUGUGUUUUGGUCAAAACUUGGCUUUUUUAACAAUGGUCUUAUUCGUGAUGUUUUAAAUGAUUUUGGCACUUUGUAGAUAGAUGUUAACAAUUUUCAUCAAUAUUGGGAGAAGUUGUUUAUACACGAUUCCAAGAGCUAUGUAGAAAGAGGGUCCUGUGCUAGUACUUCUGGGUUCUUGCCUGAUGGAAGUGCAAUUUCACUUGGACCGUUCAGUAAAUGUUUCGUUAUUUUGAACAAACAUUGUUGAUCUCGUUCACUUGAUUCUACUAUGAGUAAUAAUCAAUUCUUGCCUUUUUAGCUCACAUGAGCCAAAGGCUCAUGGUGAGCUUUUGUGACCGCUCAAUGUCCGUCGUCAGUCGUCCAUCGUCAGUCGUGCGUCUGUCAACAUUUUCUAAAAAAAAU